GCAUAUUAUUCUCUUUUCGCAGUUCCCUUCAUUCCCAUUCAUACAUCAGAUAAGUCAAAGAUUUCACAUCCAAUCUCCAAUCUUAGCAGCAGAUCCAUAUCAGUCACAGCCUUGGUCGCCACAUUCAGCAUUCAAAGUGUGGCUGUGCUCUUGGUGAGGCUGAACUCAAGCCUCUCGCUUAUGCCUGAGGCCCACAAAUUUGCCCGUCGUUCAGCCUCCUCAUUCUCUGAACUUUUCACCUGCCCAUCCAACAGCCGUAUUACCUGGCAGGCAGCUUUCUUCCCCUCUACCCUCCGAAUUCAUUCACUCUGCAUCUCAACUUAAGUUCCAUCGGCACCUGAGCCCUCUUUUUUGGGUUUGAAUCGGUUCUUGACCCAAGUUAUUCUGGGCUUUUGAGCUCCCAAAACAUCCCUUCUCCAGCCAUGUCUGAAUUUCUGGGGUCUCGGAUUUCUCUCAUCUCUCGAAGCGACAUUCGAUAUGUCGGAAUCCUACACGAGAUCAACUCGACAGAGUCUACGGUUUCGCUUGAAAAUGUGAAGUCGUUUGGCACCGAAGGCCGGAAAGCCAAUACCGACGAAGAGGAAGUACCGCCAAAUGAUCAGAUUUACGAAUACAUCGUUUUCCGUGGUACCGAUGUGAAGGACCUAAGGAUCGAAGAAGGACCAAGCACCGUCAAGGAGAACAAGCCCCCGGCGGUGCCUAACGAUCCUGCUAUCGUCGGUGCCCGAGCUCGUCCUGGAAAUGUUCCUCCUCCUCCCCAUGCGAAUCACCAAGCCCCACCUGGUGGUCCUGGUUUUGGGUACUACCCCCCACAAAUGGGGGGCUGGGGUCGGGGUGGUGGUCCGGGCCCAGGUCCUGGACCUGGCCCCUUCGGCGGCAUGCAGUAUCCUCCUCCAGCAGGUUGGUUCCCGCCAGGUCAGGGGUUCCCACCUCCAGGCCCGGCACCGUGGAACAAUUACCAGUUUCCCGGUCCGGGAGGCCCUCCCACUGGCCCUCCAGCUGGCCCUCCGGGUGCUCCUGGACUUAACAACCGCCAAGUCCAUAAUAACCAAGCCCCAGACACACGGCCAAUCCCAAUCGGUGCUACUUCUACUGCGGAGAAGAAGCCUGCUACACCUGCUCAGCAAUCCGGUCUCCCCUCCGAGUCGAGAUCAUUCCAUCAAGCACCAGCGCAGCCAGCUCCAGCAAAUGCGCCGCCACCGCCAGUUGACUCAAAGCCGACCACAGAAGAAGUUAAGGCGACGGCAGCAUCCCUCUCAAGUGGGCCGUCGGCAACAGCGCCUGAAACACACAAAUCAGUUCCCACCGGCCCUAAGGGUUCACGGCCUACCCAAAUCCUGCCCGCUGUGCCUUUACCUAUGGCUCUCACUGCCAGGCCAUCACAGCCAGCCCAGGCGGGCAAAGCUAAAGCGUCGAAUGACCAAAACUCCGCCGCAGCAACCGCAGCUGCGCUGCGGGAUGCUACCCAGGCCGCAAAGGCUGCCGUUGCCGUUGCCAUGGCCAAGUUCGAAGUACCCGCCGGCGGCCAACAAGCGAGUGGCAAUGCUAUGGACAAUCUCACCAAGAAAGUCAACGAGAUGCGGGUGAAUGCUGCGCGGACAGGGACAGCCCCCCGAGGUGGGCGUGGGCGUGGACCCCGGCCGGCCAAAGUCGAGGUCCCCGAAGCGGAUUUCGACUUCGCGUCCUCGAACGCCAAAUUUAUCAAGCAAGAUCUGGUGAAUGAGGCAGUUGCUGGCUCCCCGCUUACAGAAACAUCGAAUGACAGCGCUUCGGCCGCAGCAGCAAUGUCUGACCCGGCGAAUCCUGCUUCUGCAUAUAACAAGUCGACGUCGUUCUUCGACAACAUUUCCAGCGAAGCUAAAGACCGCGCCGACAAUCACGGACAGAAACCGGGCGGCCGGGAGUGGCGCGGGGAGGAACAGCGCAAGAACAUGGAGACUUUCGGCCAGGGAAGCGUCGAUGGCGGCUAUCGCGGCGGAUAUCGUGGCAGGAACCGCGGAAGGGGAGGCCGCGGGCGUGGGUUUGGGCGCGGUGGUCGUGGCGGUGGCUACCGGAACCGGGACGCCGCCCAGACAGUCGCCCAAUAAACCUAGCGACUGGGUCACCCGGUGCUCUAGCAGUUGCUCUGCAUACCUUGUUGUAUCAUUACUUAUGGAUUGGUGCGUGCUUUUCCCACGAUAACGCGCAAUGGCCUUUGGAGGGUUGCUUUGGUCCGACAACUGGAGUUGAAGCUAUGAUUCGAAAAGCAUGGGAGAGAUAUCUCUUGCAAGCUAAUCAUUUUUGAGGCGGCGAACUCAAAGGGGGAGACGGCAACAUUUUGCGACCUCCACUGCGAGCAGAAUAGGAGAUAGGGCUACUGGAUAGCUAUGG